AUGCUCCCCAGCGCCGUGGCUGCCCACGCCGGUGCGUACUGGGACGUGGUGGCUUCCUCCGCGCUCCUGAAUCUCCCGGCAGCGCCGGGCUUUGGCAACCUGGGCAAGAGUUUCUUGAUUGAGAACUUGCUGCGGGCCGGGGGCGCCCCAGCACCCGGGCUGCAGCCUCCCCCGCCUCACGGCCCAGCGGUCGCUGUAGCAGCCAACGCUCAGAUCCGGCCCUUGCCUGCCAGCCCUAUUCCCCUCAAGCUGUGCCCUGCGGCCGAACAAAUCAGUCCCGCGGGGACGCCCUACGGCACGCGGUGGGCUUUUCAAGUCCUCAGCCCCUCGGUGGACGGCGCGAGGUUGUCGGGCCGGGUUCCGGGAGACCGAGGCUGUACCUUCCAACCUUCAGCUCCAGCGUCUUCCAAGCCUUUUUUUCUGAGCGCUCCUCCACCAUUCUACUCAGCGUGCUGCGGUGGGUCCUGUCGGCGCCCUGCAUCCCCCACUGCUUUUCCAAGAGAAGACCGUGUACUGCCUCUCCUGACACAGGACACUAAUUCCAAAGCUCGGAGAGGCAUUUUAAGAAGAGCUGUCUUUUCUGAGGACCAGAGAAAGGCUCUGGAGAAAAUGUUUCAGAAGCAGAAAUAUAUCAGCAAAACAGACCGAAAGAAACUUGCCAUCAAUUUGGGCCUAAAGGAAUCACAGGUGAAAAUUUGGUUUCAGAACAGAAGGAUGAAAUGGCGAAACUCCAAAGAAAAGGAAGUGCUUUCCAACAGGUGCAUCCAAGAUGUAAGCCUUCAAGAAGAUCCCCUCUCAAGAUCUGCUCUGGGUUUCCCUUCCCCAUGUCCUUCAAUAUGGGAAGUUUCUCAACAGCACUCAAGUCCAAGAUGGAGGGAGAAUUCGCCAGAACCUCCAGAAAGACUGAUUUCAGAGCGUCCUGGAGAACCACCUCUGGAAGCCAGUCCAUUGCAGGGUACCUUGUAUUUGUGUUCUGAAGAAGAAGCAGGAGACAAGGGAGUGCUUACUGCAGCCAUCUGA